GCUGGAAUGUACCGCACCGGGCUAUGCACCCGCACUGGGGACACCGUGCACUCCACCCAUAACACGGUGCCUGCCCGGUCUCUCUCGCCCUCCGGUAAGCACAGGAAGUUGGCUCAUGUCUCCUACCUGGCUUCGCCACACCUGCUGUGUGCCCCCCUCCAAGAAAUUUUUGGGGCUGCCUCUCGGGCUUCCUUGCCAGCCGUGUUCCCUCAUAUCGCCGGCUCCUCUCUCCGGCUGCCUCUGCUCUCCUAGCUGCCUCCACCUGUUCCCAUGGAAGGCGAUCUUUUCCCGCCAGGAUCUCCUCCCAUGUAUAGCAACCCUUGCCAUCCAAUACAUCGUCCCAUGUCCAUUCCUCUUUGCGCCACUCCUGCUGCUGCCCGUUACCACGCCGCUUGGUCCUGUUGUGAUGGGUGAUUCUGUAACGGUUUUCUUGCGGUGAAGGAGAGGCGGACCAAAAUGCAGCGUGGUUUCUAUUCAUGGUUCUUUAAUAAAGACUCUACACAUGAACAGACUAACAAAACGUGAAAACCUAAAACAGCCCUAUCUGGUGCAAACACAGAGACAGGAACAAUCACCCACCAACACACAGUGAAACCCAGGCUACCUAAGUAUGAUUCUCAAUCAGAGACAACUAAUGACACCUGCCUCUGAUUGAGAACCAUACUAGGGCGAAACAUAGAAAUACCCAAAUCAUAGAAAAACAAACAUAGACUGCCCACCCCAACUCACGCCCUGACCAUACUAAAUAAUGACAAAACAAAGGAAAUAAAGGUCAGAACGUGACAGAUGAUCUGACUACACCACAGCAUUAUUCUGUUGGACUAUUGAAACCAUUCAACGUAUUAUAAGAUGAACUGUUUUUCUGCUCAGGGAAAACCUGUUGCUUUUUGUUGCCUAUCUUUCUCCCCAUGGUAAUCAUAUAGACUAGAUUAAUCAAUCGAUCAUAACGUCCUGUUUGUUUUAUUUUAGUUGGCAUCCAUUAAACACAGGAGAUUUUGUGGGUUUACGGUUCGUGCCUGCCAAGUGCUGUUUUUACAUUUCCAACAGUGUUACAUCAUGACAUUGGAAAAUUGCCUCAACAGACGAGAUGAAGGAAGAUCCUGUGAUGUGAAAUAAGAAUAGAUUAAGGGAUGAGCCCCUUGGAUUUGAGUGGGGAAAUAGGUAGCCGAGAUGAAAGGGCUGCCAUGACUGUGGUAAUAGCUGUAGGUUCAGUAGAUCUGAGGAUUAGCAUGAAAUGACUCAUAUUGUUUCUGUAUUCACACUGCUGCUUGGGUUGCUGUAGGCCCGUAAAGCCCUGGCAGACCGGCAGAAAGAUCUGGAAGUGAAGACCCAGCAGCUGGACAUCAAGCACAUGAACAAACACGAGGAGGACAUCAAGAAGGCCCGGCGGAAAUCCACACAAGCAGGUGAUGACCUCAUGCACAAUGUGGACCUGUACAACCGGGCCCAGUCCAAGUGGUUUGAGGAGAUGGUCACCACAAGCCUGGAGCUGGAGAGACUUGAGGUUGAGAGGGUGGAGAUGAUACGACAGGAUUUACGCCUGUACACAACGCUGCGACAUGAAACUGACAUGUUCAACCAAAGUACGGUGGAGCCAGUGGAUCAGCUGCUUCAGAGUGUGGACCCAGCCAAAGACUGAGAGCUGUGGGUGCAGGAACACAAGACCGGAGCUCCGCCCUGUGGACAUGGACAUAUAGUCAACUACACUGACGUACCUCAAGCAGCCAGAGGCAACACCUCCAUACUGUCA